AUGGACGACGGAGCCAAGAGAAAACGCAGCUUCAGACAGGAGGUCAACAACAAAAAGGCCAAAACGAGUGAUGGCAGCGCACUCAAGUCUGGCUUUGGAGCUAAGAUGCUGGCUAAGAUGGGCUACAAGGGCGAGGGCGGUCUAGGAAAGGAGGGUGCAGGUAUUGCGGAGCCCAUUCAGGUGGUCAUGCGCGGGACCAAGGGCGGUGUUGGAAUCGUGGCGGAGAAGAGCGAACAGCAGAAGAGGGAAGAGCGUAAGAAGGCCGAGGCCAAUGGCGAAAAGUAUGUCGAUACCUCGGAAGAAGAGCGCGAAGAGCGCAAGAGAAAAAAGGCAAAGGCACGAGGCGAGGCGCGCACACCGACGGUGCGGCCGAAGAAGACCUUGUUCGAAUUGGAAGCAGCUGGUAUGCAUGUACCUCUAGCCCUACAGUCCAUAAUCGAUGCGACAACGGGUACGUCUACACCCACUUCCGGUCUGUCCCUUCGCGGACCCAACGUUGUGCCUUUUGAAAGUUCGCUGCAGGCACGCGUACGGAGGGACUUGAACAGCUUCUCGGAAGCCUUUGAGGAGCUGGAUAUUGAGUCAAAAGCCAUUGCUCCCCAAGAAUGGGCCCUAGAUGAGGAAUUGGGGGCAUUGGAGAAGCAAAUAGAUGAGCUUGAAGACAUCAAGGCAAGAUUGGAGUCCCUCCGGACUGGCACAUUCGAUUCAAUCUGCAAUGGCUUGAAGAGCUUGCGUGCCGCCUAUCCCUCAAAACCACUACAUCGCGAAUCCAUCGCCAUUAUACAUCCUCAUUUCUCCAAAGCAAUUGCUUCUUGGUCGCCGUUGGACGAUGCGCUUGAGUUUAUUGCAGCAUCCUUCUCUGAGCUGGCAAACAUCAUUCUACCAAGGAGUAGAAGAGUCACAUCCCAGGCGUAUACCUACCCUUCAGAGGCGUUGGUCAGCCGCGCAGACAUUGAUCAAGUCGACACCAUAAAGCGCGGCACUACCUCGUCGUAUGAAACGAUGAUGCUCCGGCUCUGGCUGCCUGCAGUAAGCUCUGCGGUGACACAAUGGGACGUCAAAGACCCACAUCCCAUGGUCCAUCUCGUAGAUACUUGGUCACCAGUCCUGCCGCCUUUUGUAGCCAAACGAGUACUCGACCAAAUAACACGCAAGCUCUCCACCUCUAUCCACGAGUGGAAUCCGCGCAAAUUCAAGAAGAGUCCGCACACUUGGAUUGUAGAAUGGCUGCCUUUUCUCAAGUCUGCCGAUCUGGAUCCCAAGGGAUCUGGUCUCGUUGCUGAGAUCAAGCGCAAGAUUCGACAUGCAUUACAUUCGAUGGACCUGUCAAGGGGCCCUUUGCCUGGCAUGGAACAAUGGCGCAAGGUCUUUGGAAAAGAAGAAUUUGAUCGUCUUAUCACAUCCCACCUGGUACCGCGCCUGGCGACUCACCUCAGGGAUAAUUUUGAAAUCAACCCAGCCGAACAAGACCUAGCCGCUCUCGAGACUGUCUUUGCCUGGAAAGGCCUCGUUUCGAAUCAGGUUGUUGGGGAGUUGCUCCAUGCGCAGUUCUUCCCCAAGUUUCUCGAUAUUAUCCACCAGUGGCUGUCGAGCGAAGAGGUCGUUUUCAAAGAAGUCGAAGGCUGGAUUGCAUGGUGGCGUGACGAGAUACUCAGGGAUGAGAUCAACAGUCUUCCACCUGUUGAAUCUGGUUGGAACGAAGCCUACACGCUCAUUAAUCAAGCCUUGGAUCUUGGUGACGCGCGGACCACCGAUCUGCCAGUUCCUCGCGCACGCGGUACUGCAGCUUCCCCUCAAACACCCCAGUUCUCCCAAUCGGUCAACAAGGAGCCUCCCAAACCUGCACCGGUAGUUGAGGAAGCGACGUUCAAGGACGUGGUAGAGGAAUUCUGUGCCGAGGAGAAUCUGCUCCUGAUACCACUUCGAGAGGCUCAUGAGGUUACUGGGCUGCCACUUUUCAGAAUCACGGCAAGCGCGACGGGUAGAGGAGGAGCGGUCGCGUAUCUCAAAGGGGAUGUGCUGUGGGUGCAAAACAAGAAAGACAAGAGCAUCUGGGAGCCUACUGGACUAGAUGAGGGACUUGUCGCGAAAGCAGAGGGCAGAUGA